AUGUUUAACCCACACGUAUUAGAUUCUCCGGCGGUGAUUUUCGACAACGGGUCUGGACUCUGCAAAGCGGGGCUGUCGGGAGAGAUCGGGCCUCGCCAUGUUAUCAGCUCCGUCGUGGGACACCCCAAGUUCAAGAUGCCCUCCACGGAGGCCCACCAGAAGAAGUACUUCGUCGGGGAGGAAGCCCUGUACAAGCAGGAGGCCCUGCACCUGCACCGGCCCAUCCAGCGGGGCCUGAUCACGGGGUGGGAGGACAUGGAGAAGCUGUGGAAGCACCUCUUCGAGUGGGAGCUGGGUGUGAAGCCAAGCGACCGCCCGGUGCUCAUGACGGAGCCCUCCCUCAACCCCAGGGAGAACAGAGAGAAGAUGGCCGAGAUGAUGUUUGAGAGCUUCCAGGUACCGGCCUUCUACCUGUCGGACCAGGCUGUGCUGGCGCUCUACGCCUCUGCCUGCGUCACAGGCCUGGUGGUGGACAGUGGGGACGGGGUCACCUGCACCGUCCCCAUCUUUGAGGGCUACUCCCUGCCUCAUGCGGUCAGCAAACUCUACGUGGGGGGCAAGGACAUCACGGAGUCCCUCACUCGGCUCCUCCUGGCCAGUGGGCGGACCUUCCCGUGCUCGCUGGACAAGACCUUGGUUGAUGACAUCAAGGAGAAGCUGUGCUAUGUGGCCCUGGAGCCUGAAAAGGAGAUUUCCCGGCGGGCGGAGGAGGUGCUGAGGGAGUACAAGCUUCCCGAUGGGAACAUCAUCUACAUCGGGGACCAGCUGUACCAGGCGCCUGAGGCCCUCUUCUCACCUGAGCACCUGGGCAUCCAGAACCCGGGGCUGGCCAAGAUGGUGUCCACCAGCAUCACGAAGUGUGAUGCUGACAUUCAGAAGACGCUCUUUGGGGAGAUUGUACUGUCCGGGGGCAGCACGCUGUUCCAGGGCCUGGACGACCGGCUGCUGAGGGAGCUGGAGCAGCUGGCGGCCAAAGGGACCCCCAUCAAGAUCACCGCGCCCCCCGACCGCUGGUUCUCUACGUGGAUUGGGGCUUCCAUUGUCACCUCUCUGAGCAGCUUCAAGCAGAUGUGGGUCACCGCCUCGGACUUCAAGGAGUUUGGGACGUCCGUGGUGCAGAGGAGGUGCUUCUGA